UUUUAUUUUUUUAAUAUCCCCAAAGAGAAUCUAAGCGAGAGCGAGAGAGAGAAGAGUCUAUUUCUACUCUUCCAUUUCUAGAGAGAGAGUGUGUGAGAGAUUUGAAGAUUUUUGAAAUGUGAUUUGUUUUUUUCUCUUCUGACAGUUUCUGGGUAGUGUUUUAAACUCGAUUAAUUUAAUUGGGUUCUAUUUGUAUUUGAAAUUUAUUAUGUUUUAUAUAUGUUUUUCACUGUAUACCUAUUUAAAAUGGUUUUGACCGUUUAGUGUGUCUAUUUUCCUACGAGCAAAAAAAGAAGAAAAUGAUGUCUGGGUAAUUUCUGUUUCCGAGAAGGUAAGCUGAAGAGAGUCUCUGGAAUUUCCAGUCUAUUGUUUUGAUUGCUGAUUUUGGAAUCAUUGCUGAGUUGGUUAGCAAGUUGAGAAAACAAAAAAGAGUUUUUAAUUUUUUUUGAAUGGAUUGAUGAAUCAUAAAGUGUGAGAGAGAGGUUUGAAGAUCAAGCUACAGUGGGUUGGGUUGCUUUACGAAGAGAGAAGAAGGAACAAGUUUCUUCUGGUUUCUGAGUCUUAAAAACCGAGAUAGAGAGAGAGAGAGAGAGAGAGAGAGAGAGAGAGAGGAUGGCUGCUAAUGGUGGACACUUUGAAUGAUAAGUAUUGUCAAGUCAAAAUUGAGUUGGUAGUGCUGUUUGGUAGACAAGUUUAAGCAAUACCCAGAUUUGGAAUCAUGGUGGAAGAAGGUAAAAAUGAGGUUUUGGAAGAUAGCCGGUCGGCGGAAGAUUGUUUGUCAAAUGCGCAGGAGCUUGUUCCCAUGGCACUGGAUAAGGCUAGAGAGGUUAAGGGAUUCCCAGGUAGAUGGAAGAUGAUCAUUUCGAAGCUGGAGCAGAUCCCUUCGCGGUUAUCGGACUUGUCAAGCCAUCCUUGCUUCUCCAAGAAUGCUCUCUGCAAGGAGCAAUUGCAGGUGGUAUCGAAGACGUUGAAAGAAGCAAUUGAAUUGGCUGAGGUGUGUAUUGGGGAGAAAUAUGAAGGUAAGCUUCGGAUGCAGAGUGAUCUUGAUGCACUCACUGGGAAACUGGAUUUGAAUUUAAGGGAUUGUGGGCUUUUGAUCAAGACUGGUGUGCUUGGCGAAGCUACUUUGCCACUACCAGUAGGUAGUUCAGCCGAAUCGGAAGCUGCUGAUCAUGGCAAUUUGAGGGAACUGCUUGCCCGUCUGCAGAUUGGUCACUUGGAGGCCAAACAUAGAGCUCUUGACAGUCUUGUCGAGGUCAUGAAAGAGGAUGAGAAGGAUGUGUUGUCGGUUUUAGGACGAAGCAAUAUCUCCGCUUUAGUCCAAUUGCUUACUGCAACUUCUCCUCGUAUUCGGGAGAAGACUGUAACUGUGAUAUGCUCGCUUGCAGAAUCGGGUAGUUGCGAGAAUUGGCUUGUUUCUGAAGGUGUUCUGCCACCUCUUAUAAGGCUUGUGGAGUCGGGCAGUGCGGUUGGUAAAGAGAAGGCUACGAUUUCGCUUCAGAGAUUGUCAAUGUCAGCUGAAACAGCCCGAGCAAUUGUCGGGCACGGUGGGGUUAGGCCAUUGAUCGAGAUCUGUCGAACAGGUGACUCUGUUUCUCAGGCUUCUGCUGCCUGCACUUUGAAGAACAUAUCAGCUGUACCGGAGGUUCGACAAGCUUUAGCGGAAGAAGGGAUUGUAAAGGUUAUGAUUAAUCUCCUGGAUUGUGGACUUUUACUAGGAUCGAAAGAAUAUGCAGCUGAAUGCUUGCAGAAUCUCACUGCCAGCAAUGAGAAUCUACGAAGAUCUGUUAUCGCGGAAGGUGGAACUCGAAGCCUAUUAGCAUAUCUUGAUGGUCCAUUGCCUCAGGAGUCUGCAGUUAGUGCAUUGAGGAAUUUGGUCGGUUCUGUUCCAAUGGAAGUUCUGGUUGCUUUUGGAUUCCUACCACGUUUGAUCCAUGUUCUCAGGUCGGGAUCGCUUGGUGCACAACAAGCUGCUGCAUCAGCAAUAUGUCGGGUUUGCAGCUCAUCGGAGACAAAGAAGCUGGUGGGUGAGGCAGGGUGCGUUCCUUUGCUUAUCAAGAUGCUCGAGGCUAAAUCGAACAGUGCCAGAGAGGUUGCCGCACAGGCAAUCUCAAGCUUGGUGACAGUUUCUCAGAAUUGCAGAGAGGUCAAAAGGGAUGACAAAAGUGUGCCAAAUCUGGUUCAGUUGCUUGAUCCAAGUCCACAUAACACGGCAAAGAAGUAUGCAGUUUUCUGCCUUGGGUCACUUUCUUCGAGUAAGAAAUGCAAGAAGCUGAUGAUUUCUUACGGAGCAAUUGGAUAUCUAAAGAAGCUAACAGAGAUGGACAUACCAGGGGCCAAGAAGCUGCUUGAGAGGUUGGAAAGAGGAAAAUUGAGAAGUUUGUUCAUGAGGAAAUAGGGGGAAGAAAAUGCAGUUCCCUUUUGUAUAAUGGAAGGGUUUAUUUCUUUUCUUUUAAAUUUUUUUUUUUAUUUGUUUCAUUGUCUAUAUGAAACAAAGUAGUUCAUGAUAUGAACUUUGAUGCACAAGCUUAGCUUGGUAUUCUAGCCCAAAAAAGAAAAAAAAAGAAAAAGAAAAAUUCCGCUGUACUACUUAUUUAUAAAAUGUAUAAUAUCUAAAUGUUUCUCA